CGCGGAAGCCCGGCCGCCUCGGCGGAGCGGCGGCCGCCCGCCUGACGUGGCGCGCGGCAGGCGGCGGCAGGGGCUGCACGGGGCGAAGCGCCAGGCACCGGCCUGGGCCCGGGGCGGGGCCCCGGGGCGUGUAAACGUGGUUAGCGGCCCUCCCCGCCCCCUCCGCCGUGCGCCUGGGGCAGCGCUGCGGCUCUCUGGAUUGCUUCUGCUUUUUAAAAAUUCAAAAUGUCUGAAGUUAAGCAGCGGAAAAAAGGUAUUUCUUCAUCCAAGACCAGUGAAGGUUCAGAAAAGGUUGAGAAACACAGUAAUUGUGGGAAGCUGGCAAGUCUCAGGACCAGCAAUAAUUGGAGUUCCUUUUGGAUGGACUUACGGACAAGCUUGAGCAUAAUUUGCCUUGCUGUUUGCCUGGUGCUAACCUGGUUCCUAUUCCAGCAGUCAGGUCAAUUUGCUGAUAUGGAAAAAAAGUACAACUUCUUGCAGCAAGAAGCAGAAAAAUUCCUGGAUGUGGAAAAUAAAAUUAAUUUAAUUUCUGAAAAGCUUGAGUCUUCUGAAAGUACCCUACGAGAAGCUCCCUCAUCCGUCUCUGCGAUGACUGAGUUUGAGCAGGAAAUAUCUUCUCUUCAGAAGAUCAUAAAUGAUAUUCAGAACAGUGAACAGACUUUCUCUAUAAAGAUGCAGAACAUUACUGAGAAGUUCCAAAACGUUACAAAUUCCUGGAGAAGAAGCUUGGAUGAAAUGAACACAAACACUAGUAGUUUAAAAUCUGAUGUGAAGUUCAUACAUACAGAAGUUACCUCCCAAAUCAAUGAAGUUGACCAAAGGAUUAAAUCCCUUUCAGAAAGAGUAAGAGAGUUGGAAGACAGUACAGCCAGAAAUACUAAAACACUGAAAAGGCAAGAGGAUGAUGAAUUCUCUAGAGUUGAACAAAAGUUGGACGUAGAUGCAAAGGCAGUUGAAAAGCUAGAAGAAGAACAGAAUAGUCUGGUAGCCAAGGUCACAGACCUGAGUCAGAAACUUGCAAACUAUGAACCUAAAAUUGCAGAGUGCAAGACCCAUUUGCCAACAGUUGAAAAUGCUAUUCACUCUAUCCUUAGGUUUUCAAGUGAAUUGCUAAGUAUGGAGAAAAAGAUAGAGGACUUGACAACACAGCUGCAUACUGUGGAAAAUGAUAUGUUGAAAACCAUUUCUGAUACAAUGGCAAUGCAGAAGAUUCUUGAGGGCAUACAGUACAGUGACAGUACGUUGAAAGUGCAAAAUGAAAUAGUGGUUUUAGAAGAAGUAAUGCAUGACAUAAAAGUAUCUUCAAAAGUAAAAGAAAUAACUUUAGAAAGCUAUAACUUAGAAAAUGACCAGAAUGGAGAUAAGUGAAUUUGGACUUGGGUUUUUCAUUGAUUAAAGAGUACUUUAUUAUAAGUCAUGUGACUCAAACAUAUGUUGAGGGUAGCUGAAAUAUUGUCAUCAAUUUAAACAGGCAUUGGAUCAGACUGAAGGGCAAACUUGAAGAGGACAGAGAGCCAGAAAUACUGUGUUGGAGGGGGCAAGGACUAUGUUCUUAAAUAAAUUAAGGAUUAUUUUCAGCUCAAUUAAUAAAAGAUUAUUGUUACUAAAAUAGAGUUUGAAGCAAAGUAUUUAGAUUCAAGGAAAAAAAAAAAGAAAACCAGAGACAGAUUAAAAUUUAUAUUUCAUUCUCAUUACUUUGGUUUUCAUAUCUUUACUUUUUGCAUUCUAUGGACUUGUAACACAAUGAACAAUUAAGUUCGUAUCUCUAGGUAGAUAUACAUGUACCUCACUUUUAAUGUAUUAUAUACCGUGAUGGUUUUGUGCUUACAGUACAGACUUCUCAAUGUCAGAGUUGUUACUGGGGUCUACAUAUUUUAUUAUGUGCAGGAAGGCACUAAGUACUUUUUUAGCAGCUGAAGCUCAUAUACAGUAAUAUUACAGAAAACACUAGUGAAGUACCCCUUACUGAGAACCUUCUCUCGUACUGGUAUUUAUAUGCAGGGGGUUUCAUAGCAGCUGGUGUUAUCUUUUAUUUCUUUGACCCCAUGCAAAUAGCCUCCCUUAGACCUAAUUUCCAGCCUUUUCAGACUUCCUAAAAUCAGUGGCAUAGUUUUGUUCUGCCAUUGAAGUAAUUGGACUACGUAUAGGCUGAAGAUCUUAUUAACAGAUAUUCCCAUUAGAUUCUUCUGUCAUUUAAUUUACUAGUUUGGUGUGAUCAGUCACUGUAUUAGUUUUGGGGGUGUGGGGGUUUUUUUGUUUGUUAUGGUGCUGUUAGAAACAAGUUUUAACCUUUUCUUCUGUAGAAUGUUCUCUGUUAAGCAUUACAUGACAUGUCUGGUAGUGCUUUGCAUUUCAAAGGGGGGGAAAAAAAGCCAGCGUCACUGACAUUGGUUCCCAAUGUUUGGUGAAUCAGGAGCUGCGAAAGCCGUUAAUGAAAGCUAUGGAGUUAUGUAGUUGGGGGCAGGGAAUAUCUUAUUUAUCCAUAGAUCUAAUAGACCUACUUACACAGGACAUAGUACUGCCUAAUAGGCCUCGUAGCUGUUCAUUGAAAUUUGUAUCUCAGUACCACCAUAAAUUUGUGUCUACAGACCUAUGUCUUGAUAAUUUCCUAUUUCUGAACUCAGGAAAGGAGAUUGCUUAGCAGACAGUAUGAACCCACAACAUUUAUGACUUAAUCAGGGUUAAGUUAAGUUAUUCUGGUUUUGUACAUUGGUUUAUCUUGAACUCUACUGAAAUCUUCACUGAACAAUUAAUGCUGCCCAUUCAAGAGACUAUUGAAGCAGCAUUUCUCAAUGUUAUGAAGUCUUUCAUACAUUUAUUACUUCUGUAUAGAUUUGUAUUGCUUUACCAAUAAAAAUAUCUUGUAGUGGCC